AUGUCUCUCCCUCAGCCCGUGCCCCCCUCCUGGAAGGACCUUGGAAAGUCGUCCAACGACCUACUCAGCAAGGAGUUCCAGAUCAGCGGCACGUCCCUCGAGGUCAAGACCGUCACGCCCUCCAACGUCUUCUUCAAGGUUGGCGGCAGCCGGGACACCAAGUCGCAGCUCAUCUCCGGCGACAUUGAGGCCAAGUUCAUCAACAAGCCCCACGGCCUGACCUUCACCCAGACCUGGACCACUGCCAAUGUCCUCAAGACCCAGGUCGAGGUUGACAACCAGAUCGCCAAGGGUGUCAAGCUCGACCUCUUGACCCAGCUCACCCCCGACACCGGUGCCAAGGCUGCCCUCUUCACCACCGUCUACAAGCAGCCCGGCUUCCACACCCGUGCCUUCCUUGACAUCUUCAAGGGCCCGACGUUCACCGCUGACGCCGUCGUCGGCCGUGAUGGUUUCCUCCUCGGUGCUGAGGCUUCGUAUAACGUGACUGAGGGCAAGAUCACCAAGUACGCCGCCGCCGCCGGCUACCACGCACCCGAGUACGCUGUCACCCUCCAGGGCCUCAGCAACCUCAGCACGUUUGCCGCGAGCUACUACCACCGCGUCAACCAGGACGUCGAGGCCGGCGCGAAGGCCGUCUACGAUACCCGUGCGAAGAGCAACGUCUCGCUCGAAGUCGGUACCAAGGUCUACCUAGACUCCGCCGCGUACGUCAAGGCGAAGAUCAACAACUCUGGUAUCCUUGCUCUCGGCUACACCCAGAGCCUCCGUCCCGGCGUUAAGGCGUCGUUCGGUCUCGCGCUCGACACCCAGCGCAUUAACGACGUCUCGUCGGAGGUCGCUGCGCACAAGGUCGGCGCGUCCCUCACCUUCCAGGGAUAA